CCAUCGGAGCGCUAGGCAGGACAGCAGCCCCCCAUUGCAGCCGUGCCUGGCCAGGGGCAGGGGACCAGCUGCUUGUGGGGAUGAGCUCCUGGCCUUGGCAGCAGACCCCACGGCAAGGCCCGUCUGCAAUGGCCAGCCCCGAGGGCGCCAGCCUCCACCCAGGGAACCAGGCCACCCGCCCGCCUGCCGGGCUCAUCUUCUCCCCUGAGCUGGGGCCAUCACCCGUCGGCGGCUUGUGCACGAACAUGGGACAUCUCAGCUGUGUGGAGAGCGUCACCCCAAGGAGAAAGCUGAGGCUGUCCCCAGACACCCUGACUCCGAGCUCCACUGGCUCCCAGCCGCCGGCUCCCGCGGGAACGCCCACAGGUGGUGCCCUGGAGCCCUGGCUCAGCCCCCGGGCCUGCAGCAGCAGCAGCAGCGAGGGCAGCUGCAGUCAGAUGCCCUCGCGCUGCAUCCUGCCCUGCUCCAGCAAGCACCUGCGAGGAGCCAGCCAGGGACCAGGGGAAGGAAGUGCCAAGGGCAGCUCCGGCGUCUCUCCUGCUCCAGCCCCUGGGACGGACGGCAAGACCCUGACCGGGGAUUUUUCCAGGCCCUGCUCUCUGCCUCUGGAGGAUGGCCAGCAUUGGGAUCUGCGUUACAUCAGCCCUGCCACAGUGGCUUCCCUGCUGUGUGGCCAGUUGGCUGGGGUGGUGGAGGAGUACGUGGUGGUGGACUGUCGCUAUCCCUAUGAAUACGCUGGGGGACACAUAAAGGGUGCCCUGAAUCUGUACCGAGAAGAGCAGCUGGCGAGAUGGUUCCUGCCGGAUCCCUUGGGCACAACCCUGUGCCCCCGCAGCAGUGUCCUGAUCUUCCACUGCGAGUUCUCCUCUGAGAGAGGCCCCCAAUUGUGCCGCAGCCUGAGGAGAAUGGACCGAGAUGCCAAUCGGUACCCAGAGCUCUGGUACCCAGAGCUGUAUGUGCUACGUGGUGGCUACAAGGAGUUUUACCAGCACUUCCAGGAUCUCUGCGAGCCACAGGGCUAUAUCCACAUGCGACACAAGGACUUCCGAGCCGAGCUUAGGAACUACCAGCGGAGGAAACAGCCUUGGAGCCUGCGCAGGAUCCGCAAGGAGCUUUUCAAGCCCCUGUCCCCAGGGACUCCCUUCCCAUAGCAAUAUCCCUGACUCACAGCGAGGUACCCACUAGCCCCACUCCUUGCCUCUGAAAUGGAGCUGCCCCUUUCCCAUUUGGCAAGUCAGACCUUCCCCUGCUGGCUGCCUCUGGAGCUCCAGCAUCCCAGCUGUAAUUUAAAUCUCUAGCCUUUAUGGUUGCAAAGAAAACCUUAAAAAUAUGGCUCUGUCAAUGAACUUGAUGCAGUGACGUCUUCCUGAAUCUGCAGGCAGCCUGAAAUGAUAGCUCUGUGAGGUUGAACUGCUCCAUUCAGCUCGCUGGAUGUUGACUUGAUGUCAGCGUUGUUCAGUUUUUCAUUUCGGACCCAGAGACACAGGACAGAGGAGGAGCCAUAAUUUCAUGGAGACCUGCGCAAUUUGCCUUUAUUGGUGUCACAUUUUAGUGCCUCAAAAGGGUGGAGUUUGGACUGUGGGUGGAGCUUGAGUGCACAUCACUCCUUCCCCCUCCAACUGACCUCAGCCCCUGCCCCAGGGCAGUGAUUGACAGGCACUUCCCCCCCAGGGCUGCCUUCAGCCCCCUCCCCUCCUCUCGCUCCCC